UUGAUGUGUCAUAUCAAAGUGACUUGUUGGGCUAUCAGCUGGUGAGGCAGAGAGCUCAAAGUUCAAUAUUAUUCCGACCACAACUGCACAUUGAGCCACAUGAUGGGGUUUUCGCAUUCGAUUUGAACAAGAGAGGGACCGAGGAAAAGCCUGGUCCUGCUUCAGAUUCAAACAUGAUGGAGGGAUCAGAGGCUGAAUCUGUGUCACAGGGGUUGCAACCAGCAGACCUGCUUCGCAACAGCACAUCUAAACUAGAAGAUGAGCCGCAAAUCUCUCACAACAGUGCAGAUGGGGCAGAAAAGCUCAGUCAGGCAGAAGAUGAAGCUCAGCUUGACAGCGAAUUAAUCAGGACUAAGACAGAUGUUGACACGGACUCAGAGACGAAGGCGGCGGCUCGAAUAUGCAGUCAGGAACGUGUAGAUGUGAGCGAGCUGGGUGCUAAUACCAUCUGUGAAAGCAGUUCUAUUGAAGGUGGGAUGCCUAUACUUUUAAAUGAGGCUGGUGGAGCUUUGGGAGCCCAACUCACCACUUUGAAUAAUGUGGAAGAAAGCUCUCCAUCUGUUCUUGAAGGGACCAUAGAAACCUUUUUGACUUUAGAUAAAGUGCAGGAUUCUGAUGCCAUCUCUUCAAACAGCAUGGAGCAGCCAUCAGUCUCGGCCACAAAUUGUUCCACAGAGCCCUCACCUGCUGAUGAAAGCGUUUCACCCUGGAGUCCUUCUUCUUCCGUCCAAAGCACUUCCAAAAAUUCCCCAACGGACUCCACAACCACCUCUGGGAUCUCUAAUGGCCCGUCUACCCCCAGUUCCGAUACUGUCAGCUUCUCUCCCGCUUCCAGCCCGCAAACCAACACCACAGCCCCCUCGCACGCCUUUUCAAGUCCGUAUGACACUGAUUGCAGCCGAAAGCUUAUAUCCCAGAUCCAGCGCUCGCUGUCACAGGAGUCACUGCUGGAUGAGCUGGAGUCUGAGCUGUUCUCUUGUCAGCAGCCUGAGGGGGAGAAUGGAGGGGAGAGGAAAGGGAGCAUGCCUGUCAAUGGACUCUCUCCAGACCAGGAGGUCUUUGAGAAGUGUGUUCAAUACAAGUAUGCACAGCAAGAGAAAGCUAUUCAAAGGUUGCUUGAAGAGAACAAGAGGCAUCAGGAUCUGAUCCUGGGGAUCUGCUCAGAGAAGGACAACAUGAGGGACGAGCUAAAAAAGAAGGCUGAGACAGAAAGGCUGCUCACGUCCACUAUUAAAAAGUUGGAGGGGAGGGUUGAGGAGCUGCUAAGAGAGCUGAAAGAGUCACGGGACAGACUGACCCACCAGGAUCACGUAGCUAAGGCCGCCCUCCAGCAGAUGCAGAAGGAGACAUCCUACCGGGUAGAACAGGUGAACAAGAAGUCAGAAGAGGCGCGUCAAGAGAAGGAGGCCAUGGUUAUGAAGUACGUACGGGGGGAGAAGGAGGCCCUCGACCUGAGGCGGGAUAAGGAGAGUUUAGAGAAAAGACUCAGGGAAGCCACCAAGGAGGUAGACCGCCAGGCGCUGCGAGGAAACCAGCUGGCUCAGGAGAAAGGUCGACUGCAGCAGUUGCACGAAGUGAAGGAAGGCGAAGUUAGCAGGCUGACCCGUGAAGUGGAAAAGUUGAAGGAAGAGGUGAACUCGCAUCUGAUCAAGGUCAAAUGGGCCCAGAACAAACUGAAGAGCGAGGCAGAUGCACACAAGGAAACUAAAGACAAACUGAGAGAGACCACGUCCAAGCUUACCCAGGCCAAAGAGGAGACAGAACAGAUCCGCAAGAACUGCCAGGACAUGAUCCGAACAUACCAGGAGUCAGAGGAACUCAAGUCCAACGAGCUGGAUGCGAAACUGAGGGAGACCAAAGGAGAGCUGGAGAAACACAAGCAGGAACAAACAGACCAAUUAGAGCUGCAUCGAGUGAAGGCAAAGGAGCUGGAUGACCUGAAAAGAAGCUACAAGGAGGGCAUGGACGAGCUCAUCACUCUGCGCACAAAGUUAAAGUGUCUGGAAGACGAGCGUCCACGCUGGGAGGACGAGCUGAGCAAGUACAGAGAGAUCAUCAACCGGCAGAAAGCUGAGAUCGGCCGGCAGAGAGACAAGCUGGGGGAGAUCACGGCGCUCGAGGAGCAGCAUGAAAGGGAUCAACAAGAGGUCGCGUCUCUCCGCGAGGAAGUGGACGGCCUGACCAACCAGAUGGCCGACCUCCAGCGUGACGUGCAGGGCAGCAGGGAGCGUGAGGCCGAGUUACUGGGCUUCACUGAGAAGCUGAGCAGCAAGAACGCCCAGCUGCAGUCAGAGAGCAACGGCCUCCAGACCCAGCUGGACCACCUGAGUGGCACCUACUCAGAGGUGCAAGCGAGGCUGGAGGAGACAAACCGGCUACUAGACGACAAGACGCGGCACCUGAAACAGGAGGAGGUGCUGAGGCAGCAGGAGGUGCAGGGCCUGCAGGAGGAGCGGACAGCGCUGCAGGCGGAGGUGACCCAGCUGAAAACCAGAGUUGAAGAGCUGAGGGACGAGCUGGUGACUCAGAAAAGGAAACAAGCGGCAAACAUUAAGGACCUGACUAAACAGCUAAUACAAGCUCGAAGGAAACUGGAGCAGACUGAGAAUGGAGUCUGUGACCGGGAUGCCAGCAGUAUGGGCAGCCGCUCAAGUUCCUCAGGUACUGCUCCGGGAUUUGGCUCCUUGAACACUCGCCACGGUGGGAGCAGCGGUGUCGAUGAGCGGUCACCAGAGAGCCAGUCGGGUCCUUCAGUCGUGGUUGUGGACAGCUUCCCAGAGGUCGACAAAACCGUGCUCGUGGAUCGUAUUGUCCGGUUGCAGAAGGCGCUCGCUCGCAAGCAGGAAAAAAUCGAGUUCAUGGAGGAUCACAUCAAGCAGCUGGUGGAGGAGAUCCGGAAAAAGACAAAAAUAAUCCAAAGCUAUGUGCUGAGAGAGGAGUCAGGGGCCCUCUCGUCGGAGGCGUCAGACAUUAACAAGGCAAACCUGAGUAGGCGAGGGGGCAUCAUGGCGUCGCUGUACACCUCCCACCCGGCGGACAGCGGGCUGACCUUGGACCUGUCACUGGAGAUAAACAGGAAGCUGCAGGCGGUGUUGGAGGACACACUGCUGAAGAACAUCACUCUGAAGGAGAAUCUGCAGACUCUGGGGGCCGAGAUCGAGAGGCUCAUAAAACAGCAGAGAGGUCCUGAGGAUGACGCGAGGAGGAAGUGAGGAGACCCCGUUCACAGGAAAGAGGAAACAAAGGACCAGGAAGUACUCGCCAUGAGAAGCUUGUUCCCCAACAUUUGAGGGAGCAAAUUGAAUGUUGUAAAAGCCAGUAGCUCCUCAGGCUUCGUGUUUGGAGUACCUCAUUAUCUGAACUUACUUGAACUUUCAUCAUUCCAUCCACAUUGAAGCAACUCUGUUUCCUCCCACUGCACAGCAAAUCUUCCUCUGGCUAACUUUCUCCUGAGCCUUGCCAAGAUCUAAAAAAAAAACAAAAAAAAAACCUCUACGAGUCAGUUGCUUCGAGCUUGGAACUUUGUCUGCCUUGUAAAUUGACUGAAGAUGCCAUUAUAAUGAAUGUAGAGCAAAUUCUACCAAGAAAUAGAGAAAAGAAAAGACGUUUGUUACUGAAAUUACUCAAUGCUCCAAGAGGCGGUAAGUAAUCAUCGCCCAGCAAGCGCUCUACCCUUUCCUUCCCAUGUCCAUCUGUCAAGUCUUUUUUCUUUUUUUUUAGUCUGCUUCUCUGCAGCGCUCCAUAUGUGGUGGGGAAAAAAAAGCAAGCACAGGGACCUCUGUGCCGCCUGAGCAUAUUUCAUCAACUUCUGCUUUGCACAGCACUCGCUCACGAGCUGCUGAAGCAAAGGUGCCUCACACUAGCAGAUCCACCCAUCUGUGUGACACCGGUGCUACACUGAAGAAGGGGGACUUUCUGUUCUUGUAGUGCAGUCCAACUACUAUGCCAUCUGUGUUGAAGUAUCCUUACGUUCAGCUGUGUGUGUUUAAAGAAAAUCUGCGUCAAAUAUAUCGUGUGCAUGUGGAAAUGUAGAAAUGUGGCCAUUUUGAAUGUAGUUCUUUUGCAAUUUAAUUAUUUUUUAUUUUUUGCUAAAAGUUAGAUUUUUAUUUGAAAUUGUUAGAUUAUCAGUUUUUCUUUUCUUUUAUGAGGCAUUUUGAUCUUUAUUGAUCGUAGAGUCUUUAGUCAAGGUUUUUUUCGUUCACUUCAAUCUAUUUAAAUUCUCUUGCGGGCAAAAAAAUCUCAUAAAAUCAAAAACCUGAGCAUCUAAAUAUUUACGCUUUAGCUUCCCCAGUAGCAGCAGAUCAUCAUCAUCACUUUUCCUUUGUCCAGACAUGCUAACAUGUAGCUUGUAGAAACUUUAAAUUAGAUCUGUUUGAGGAGGAGACAAAAUGUUUGGGUUUUCAUGUCACACUCCUCUUUUCUUUUUCUUUUUUUUAUUUCUCUCGGUAGUGCCACUCAUUCUGUUGCAGUGUAAAGAGAAUGGAAGAAGUUGUAGCUGUAGCUCAGGUAAGCCAAUGGAACCUACAGAAAUAUGUCCAGGGACAAAGUGCAAUCCUGUUCCUUUAUUAUUUUUGUCUCUAUCUUUUUAUUUCUGAAUGUGUUUGUGAGCCAGUAUACUGUCAUAUGUCUGUUUUUAUGCUUGUGUACAUGCAGCAUGCAAGUAUGAAUAUUUAAGUGUCCCAAUUGUGUGUGUGUGUGUGCUUGGCUGCAUGUGUGCCUUCUUUUUUUUAAAUCUCUGGAACUGUUGAGUUUACACUUUAUGUACAUGGUUCAGCUGUCAAGGCUUGUACGCUUUUACCAGUUUGACCAUGACAACUGUUACACCUGGAGGGGUAAACAUGAUUUGAAUUUAGACCAGAGUUUGCAGCGACAUAAACACACCUGCACACCUGCAGCUCAGUACACAGCACAGCUGCUUUGUCAAUCACACACACAGGGGGAAGAAGGGUUCAGCACCGACUACACGUUUGAUUCAACGAAAAUGUAACUUUCUUUGCUCUUGAUUUGAUCUUGACCUCAGAAUCCGCCACAAAAGAUAAACCUCCACCCCCACCCACCAAAUCAGAAACGAGAUUUUGUGGGUCAUGAAUGGUUCUGGGGCCAUUCCCCUUCCUGUACACCCUGAGGCGAUGUGGAAAUGGCCCGCCAUGUGAUAAAUAGAGAUGAAAGUUUCCUGGAUUGAGGUCACAGAGACCAUGAGCCUCCCUGCUGCUGUGUCGGGCACUCACUUUUUGAUGUACCUCCACUUUUAUUUCACCCAAACUGAUUUCUCUCUAAUAAGUGAUAUCUUUAUCUACUUACUGUAAUAUUGAGACUUAGUAACCUUAUAAACUAAGAAAGGUUAGAGAAGGAUGCAACUUUACACUUUAUUACAUUUUUCUUUUAAGCCAGCAGCUUGUUAUUUUAAGCCAGCAGCUUGUUAUCAUCUUAUCACAGCAUCUUACUGCUUUCAUGCAUCUUUAACAAUGCUGAAAAGAAAGUACAAAUCGGAGCAGUUUUGUGUUUUACAGAAUGUUUCUGUUGCUGAAGUAAAAUCCAACCUAUGCAAAACAACCGCAUGGGAUUUCCUAAUUAAAUUCUUGAUCAUUCUCUGAGGCACGCUCAUGUGCUUCUUCUGAUUUGGUCUGCUUGGGGAAACAAUGCUGAUUCUGAGAUUUCCUACAUUUCCCAAGCCUUGAAAUGAAGCCAUGCUGCAGCAUUGUGUGUUUGAUUGAAUCCCAAAAACGUCUUGAUUCACUAUAUGGAAAUGAAGAAAAUGGUGUUCAGUAUGUGUGAGUGUCAAAACGUGAUGCCAUGUUUAUUUUUCCUUCCUCCUGUGCAAUGUUUCCCCCUGCUCUGUUUUUGUGAAAUAUUCCGACUGUGAUUAUAAUAUACAUUUGUAAAUAAGUCUAUCUGUAAAAUUACAAUGAGAUGUUUUUAAAAAAAAGAUAACUGAUUCUGGAUUAUGUUUGUAUAUAUGGUGUUUCCAGGGAAUUAAAGGAGAUGAGUCGUGACUCUCUCUUGAAUGUUC